CAAUGGGCCUGCAGAAUGGAGUAUGACAUUGACUUCAACAAACAUUUUGCCUGGCUUAGGAAGGUCAGUGUGCUGACAGACCAGGUGGAGGCUCAGGGGGCCAAGAUCAACGAUCUAGAGAGUUCUCUGGUUGAGCAUCAGCACAAACUCGACUCCACGGAGGAGAUGCUACAGCAGGAGCUCCUGCAUAGGACGUCACUGGAGAGCCAGAAGCUGAGUCUUAUGGGGGAGGUGUCCUACCUGAAAUUAAAGCUCACAGACAUGGAGGGAAAACACAGCCAUGGGGCUGAAAGGCAGCACAAAGCAGAGGGCUUACUUAAGGAGCUCAGGAUCCUCAAGGACAAAGUGGAGCACCUGGAGGAUCAGAAGCUACAGUAUGAGAAGAAACUCAAAGUAACAAAGGCAGAGAUCAGCAGCCUUCAGCAGCUUCUGCUCAGUAAGAACGCUGAGAUCGAGAGCUUGCACACUCAGCUGCUGGCCAGACCUUCUCUAUCCCCCGAGAGCUCAGAGAGAGAGAUGUACAGGAAGAGGCUAAACACCAAAUAUCAGGAACUGCAGAAGCUUAGGAGUGGAAUGAAAUCACUGGUAGCUGCCAAUGAUGAAAAGGACCGACGUAUUGAAGAGCUCACUCUACUCCUGAAUCAGUGCAGGCAAUUCAGAGAAGUCACUCACACCACAAGGCAAGCUCCACCUGCUGUUCGCUCGCUGUCAAAUGGCAGGACUCCGUCAAGCAGCAGUGAGGAAGAAGAGCAUGGACUGAUUAAGAGCACUGACUCUGCCAGUGCAAAAUCUGAGGACGUCAAGUCUGAAGUAUCACAGGUUUCCACAAACAGCUCUUCCUCCCAACAAACAUCCAUUUCAUCAGUCCAGAAGGACAGUGAUUCCAGAACAGAACAGCAGGUGUUAUCAAGUAGCAUGAAUGACCUAACAAAUGGACCUUUACAAAAGAGUGGUCCGGGUGACAGAAGUCAGACGCUGCCUGUGAAUUCCUCUCUGUCAGAGCAGAAUGGGAUCGGAGACAGUGGUAGUGAAAUCCAGAGUCAAAGGUCUCCAGAAGGGAACGAAGAAGGAGACUCCAAUCAAAGAAAGUUGGAGAAAGUUGGUGACAGCACAUCAAGCGAUAAUUCCCCUGUUCAUUCUGGAGCUAACACACAGCCUGGCCAGCGAGUUGUGGGCUCACCAGAGUACAUGAAGAAUAACAGGAGCUUCAAGAGACUCUGGGGAAAACUUCGAAGAACCCAGUCUGGAGGGCUUCAGGGAGCGGAUCCAGAUACCGGUCAGUUUAGAAGAGGGGGACUUCGUGCGACAGCAGGACCCAGACUGACUCGGACCCCUGAAUCUUAUGACUCUACACGUGAUAUGAAUAUUCCAUUCAGCCAGUGGACCAAGGAGCAGGUGUGUGGCUGGCUAGAGGACUAUGGACUGGGCCAGUAUGUCAAUCUCACCAGACAGUGGGUUGAAAAUGGACAAACUCUACUGUCUGCCACACCUCAGGACUUUGAGAAGGAGAUGGGCAUGAAGAAUCCACUGCACAGGAAGAAGCUGCAGCUCGCCCUGAGCGCAUUCACCACUAAAGUUAUAGAGAAAUCGUCAGAGCUGGACUACAUCUGGGUCACUCGCUGGUUGGAUGAUAUUGGUUUGCCUCAGUAUAAAGACCAAUUCCAUGAAGCUCGAGUAGAUGGUCGAAUGAUACAAUACCUCACAGUGAAUGACCUCUUGACUCUAAAGGUCACCAGUCAGCUUCAUCAUCUCAGUAUUAAAUGUGCCAUCCAUGUCCUUCAUGCCAACAAGUUCAACCCCAACUGUCUUCGACGUAGGCCAGGGGAAGAGAGACAGCCCUCUCCUUCAGAGGUGGUGCAGUGGUCUAACCACCGUGUGAUGGAGUGGCUUAGAGCAGUGGAUCUAGCUGAGUACGCUCCUAAUCUACGUGGCAGCGGCGUUCAUGGUGGGCUGAUUAUCUUGGAGCCUCGCUUCAGCUCAGAGACAUUGGCCCUGCUGCUAAAUAUUCCUCCACAGAAGACUUUGCUCCGUCGCCACCUCGCCACUGCCUUCUCUGCCCUGGUGGGGACUCAGGCCACACAAGAGAAGCGAGAGUAUGGCAAUGCCACAGGCCAUGUGCCCCUCACCACCACUGCUAAAGUAAAGCCAAAGAAGCUGGGAUUCACCCAAUUCAGUCACCUCAGAAAGAGGAAACCUGAUGAGGACUAUAUCUGCCCAAUUGACAGCGGAGCACUGACAGUGAAUGGGGUUUCUCGCAUGCCCUCUACAGCACUUAGGGGCCUCAGCCCCAGCUUGGACAGACAGACUGAGAGGCGGGAGCAGGUGGGGAUAAAAGCUCAGGCUAAUGGCCCAAAAUAAUAAUUUAAAAAAUACAGUAGGAAGCUUCACCCUCUCCACCACACUCACCUCUCACCCAUUAAGUGACCUUGUGAUUCAGUGAAAGAUUCUAAUGCAGAAAUGUACCCAAGAUGAAUCAAUGUGGUGAUUUGCUGGAUGGGCUGCAAAGAUUCUGUAUUUCACAGGUGAUCUUAAUUGUUGUUGGGUAUUCUUAACCAAAUGUUGCUUAAACAAUAUUCAUCUAAAAUGGUAAUAAAUGGUGACACUGUUUGAAUUGUUUUAUGAAAGCUGCUCUCUGCAUUCCUUAUACAGUUGGAUUCCAAAGCUUACACUUUUGGUUUAAGACAAUGCAUUUUACUGACCAUUUUGUAUCUAAAUGUCUGUAGAAUUAGUUAGGAUACUGAUGACCUUGUCUUCUUAUAUCUAGACUGACUGUACAGGAUAAUAAUUGUCACCAGUUACUUUAAAGGCAUAUUUCGGGUUUUCUGAAGUGUGACUGUAUGAGGUACUUCAUAGUUAGUUAGUGUAUUACUGGCACUGUCAGCUGCAAAAUGUAUUUUAGCCACCUAAAAGAAGGCCUACCAAAAAACAUAAAUUUCACUUCAAGUGUACUCUAGAUUUAGAAUGUUUUCACGCUACCCUGACUAUGGUUAAGUACCUCAUCCAGCUCACUUCAAAAAUUCUAACCUAUCGUUUUAUGAAUGUUUCUCAUUCAUUUUCUGUAUGACUGACAAGAAAAUCAAAAAUUUUAUCAUUUUGAUUCUUGACAGUACACUUACUCUUCUGCACCUGUAAAUGAGGCUUGUUGGUACACCUUAGG